AAAUGUGCUACCAUCUGUCAAAAUCAGUCGAAAACCCGCACACCAUGUGGCGCUAAAGUGCGGUAAAUGGUUUCCAUAGUAAUGAUAGUCAUCUUUCCCCACCUCUUUGCUGUCGCUCUUGUUUUCUGCGCUUUAUUUUAUCUCAAAUUAUGGAAGGACAAACGGAAAAUAAUCCCACAAAUGCAGAACCAGGGGUUUUGAAUCCUCCUGGAUUCCCAACUAGUGCACAAGAAGCUUUAGAAUCUGUCAAAUCAGUACCAUGCAGCAAUACUGGCAACCCUGUUUUUUCCUGCAUGUCUCGAGUGGAAGUAGAAAGAGAUGAAAUGGCUUGGGAUGGAAGUUAUCAACCACAACAUCCUUUGUACAAAACCUCUUCAAGUAUUUACGGAAUUCUCCCCGCAACACAUGAAUCAGCACCAACAACUUUUCACGGAAAAUCACAAAGAUUUUCCCAACAUUUAGGAGUCUGUGGAAUGUACAGGAAUCAUUCUUUAAACACAUGGACUGAUAAAAGUAAAGUGUAUGACUCCCCCAGGAUGUGAACGUUUAAUUAUUUUAGUAAUUUUUCAUUUUUUACAUUUGUAUAUUAUUAUCUCUGUUAGAGCCCACGCAUUCCUAAAUUCCCAUAGAGCCAUACUAUUUCAAAAUGUUACGUUUUUGAAGGGGAUUAAGAUAUUUUAUUUCUUAUUACUCACCAAAUUCCAAAAAUACAAUUAUCUUUUCAACUAUGUUUUGCAAUGUGCUGCAAGUGAAAUAUGAAAACAUGUGAUUGUGCACUUUCUUGCUUGAAAAAUUAAUUAAUUAAUUAAAGUACCCAAGGGGGAAAUUAUGUGUCAUUUUGAGAAUCGGAUAUUAUACCCAUCUAUCAUUCGCUGUUGAUAGAUAUCUUUGAGAAGCCCGAUAUUAUGUUUGGACAUUCUUGCAAAAUAGAAACACAAAAAGUGUUUUCCCAUAGUUAACUUAGAACCCCUGAUUUUACAGUCUUCCUAAAACAAUAGCAUAUGGGUACCCAAGGUAUUCACCCUUUAAGUUCGACAACCUUGCAUUAUCGCAUGCUGAAACAAUCUAAAAUUUUCUGUCCGAUAUUGGUUCGUAUUAGGAGACUUCAUAUUCACUAUUGCAAGUGAAACGCUUGUAAGGAGAAAAUACAAAAAAAAUUUUUUUUCCUGCAAUAAACUCAGAACCCCUGCUUUCUAAAAUAAUUGCUUAGUAUCUUGGUAAUACAAGUUUAGUUUCUAUUCCAUCGCCCUUGACACUUAAUUUUACUAUAGCACGAUUUUAAAAUUUUUCAGCAACUUACAAAUGAAAAGACAUUUUAUAUUCCAAUAAAUAUUUAUUUGCAUUUUAUUAAUCAAUAAAUGCUGUGAACAUG